UUUUGCAAAAUCUUCAGAGAAUUUUCACUGGAUACUCAUUGCUGCCGUGUGACUAAGCGCCUCGAGAAAAAUCCGAAAAAACGGGAAUCACACGGGGAUCGGCACUUGUACUGUGUAUAUGCUGUAAUUCUGACAAGCAGUUUUUAACCAAGAUGCAUGGCUCAUAAUCGGUCAGUUGCACUGUAUCUCUUCUAUGUUUAUUUUUUUCUUUUACCGCGAUUUAUACAUGCUUCCGAUCUCCAUCAUUAUGCGGUAAAAAAGGUCAACUAUAUUCCCAUCAAAAUGCUAAAGCGAAGCGAGACUAUUUUGGAGAAGCUCAACCCAAAAUCGUCUCAACAUGACCGCAUUCACAAAAAGCCGGGAUUAUUUACCAUCGCUUGGGCGGUCAGCUUCGUCGUGACCUUAUGUGGAACAUUUACCUGGCUAUAUUUCUACAGCAGCCGCUUAUCUGCGGUUAUUGUGACCUCCACUCUAUCGGGAAUUUUAAUUUGUCUCUCCAUCGUCAGUCCACGCUUUCGGAUUACAUGUAUCUUGGUUGUUCCGCAUCUUGGAAUGCGACAUGGACGCUCAGCAUUGCUGGCUGUGGUGAUGAGUACGCUGCUGGCUGGGCCGAUUAAUAAUAUGAGUCGGAAUUCUAACAGUAUUAUUAAUUCGACGGUGUGCGCUGGACAUUUGUUGACCAACGAAACUGACAAGGUGUUUCAACGCGCUACCAAACCAUAUGAGCGUAUCCUGGAAAAGGUCAAUGCCACCGGCAAUCAGUGGAACAUGGAAGCCAAAAAAUACCGCGAAGAACUACAGAGCAUCAAUGCGCAUAUUGGCGCCAUAUCUAAUAGUAUUCACGGAUUAAAAAACGUCCAGUCUAUCCUAUCGCGUAUCGGCAUCAUAAACACGGUCCGGAAAAGUGUCAGCAUGUUCGGAAACGCCCUGGACCCGUCGCGCAUCGGUUCUUCUCGAAGCGGUAAAGAACGUGAUAGACUGGAGAUCGAACACCAGCUCACUUCUUCUCUGUCCAAUUUGACCUUUAUCCAACAAUACACCGAGAGGAAGUUGAAGAAUAUACGGGAAGAAGUAUUCCAGGACGUUGGAAUUAAAAGUGUGCGGAAAAAUCUAAACAAUCUGAAUACCGAUUUUGAACGGCUGAAAAAUAUCACCCGGCAGUUGAACAUUAUGGUGAAAGGCUUAAAGGAUUUCCAGACAGCGACCGGUGUGAUUAAAUACAUAACGGCGUUUGCUUUUCUCCUGCUGUAUUUCACAUGUUGGCGAUACAUUGGAAAGUAUUUAACAUCCAAUAAGUUCGAUAAUGUGUACGUAACACAACGCGUUAAAUCCAUGUACGCGGAACUACGCCAAGAAAUGGAAGGCGAGGAUGAAACAAAAAAGGUCAAACUUACCAGAAAACAGUUAUGCGGUUUAGUGGAUAUCACCUCACUCAGUUUAUCGCUCCUGGAACGCGCCGCCAUCAAAUCAGGAAUGGUGAUUCCGGGGAUUUACGCCAUUCUGACCAUAAUCUUGUUUGGGUGUAAUUUAACGCUGGAAUGGUUGAUCAGUUUAAUGCAGUAUUCAUCCUCAGCCGGUGGCUCAAUAACCACACAGGACGGCUUUGAUCUGAAGCCCAGCGGCAAAGGCUUAAUGGCGGAUAAAUUAUUUCCCAAGUUAUUCGAAGGAUUUCCCUCGAACGAUAAGUACAACAUUAGUAUUGAGAUGGAUAAAUGCGCACCGGUACUACACCAACUGAAAGGUCAUGACUAUCUGGUACCGGUAAUCAUUUUGCUCUCGGUGAUGUUGUUGCUAGUUCUGGAUGGCUACUGUCUGAGAAUGCGACAACUCAUGUUGACGUAUUUAUAUCCGGAGCGGAGCGAAGAGCGUAAUGAACAUUUGUGCAAAAAACUGUACAAGAAGAAACCCAAGAAGAUUAAAGAUUUCCUGAAGUUUCGCCAGAAAGCGGUGGAGCGUUCCAAGCUGGCACGGUAUGAUACGGAAAAUGGGUGGAUCUUUGCCUCGGCUUUAUCGAAGAAGAUCUCGGAUCUAAUGAAGUUUAAUUGUGCGGGGUGUGGCAAAGAUAUUCGCGGUAAAACCAACAUCUUGGAAUGUUCCAAGCAAGAGUGUCAUGCGCUGUUCUGCAAGAAGUGCCAGAAAGUACUUCAGGCUGGCAAUGAGCAGACACUCAUCUGCGUUCUUUGUGAAGAGAAGAUUGACCGACCACUUCCGGCCGAGCCCAGUGCUUGUGCGAGCUUGAUUUGCUGUGUUUAGGCUAGCCUCGUUUUGGCUGCGUAACUAUUUAGGAUCAUUCCUUAAAUUAAUGAGAAUCUCCCGGUGUCACGAAUCUGUAUUUUUAGUAUUGAUUAUAUCUUUUUAUCUUUUGCUUAAACUUGUUGCUUACCAUAAAAAUUACUUAACAGUUGUUAUACUGCAAACCUUGUAAAUCAACAGUGCAGCUUCUACGUCUCCUUGUUUUUAUGUGAUUAUCGUGUAAUUCUGUGUUCCAAAACCCGAAUAAUAACA